AUGGAGGAGGAGGCUGCGAGGAAGAGGAAGAUGCCUUGGGCCCCCCAGGCAGGCCCCGAGCUGAGGACAGAGAGCCCGGAGGACAAAUCCCCGCGGCAGAGCCUGGUGGGAGAGGCUGUUUUGAAGGGCUCCACGGUGCAGGAAGGCAGCGGGGAGGAAAAGGGCCGGAGAUCCACCCACAGGAGGGGCUCCAAAGCUGGAGCCAGCCCAGGGUGCUCUGAGGAGGAAAGAGCCAUCCUGUGCCAGGAAGGCGGCCGGAGCUUGAGGCGGAGCUCUGAGCUGGUGGUCCCUGAGCAGCCUCCCAGCAGGCAGAAGCCCUUCAGGUGCUUGGAAUGUGGGAAGAGCUUCAGGAAGAGCCCCGACCUGCUCCGACACCAGCACAUCCACACUGGGGAACGGCCGUACACGUGUGGGGAAUGUGGGAAGAGCUUCAGGCAAAGCUCCACCCUGAUCGAACACCGUCGCAUCCACACUGGGGAACGGCCCUAUUUGUGUGGGGAAUGUGGGAAGAGCUUCAUCCAGAGCUCCAAGCUCCUGACCCACCAGCACAUCCACACUGGAGAACGUCCCUACAUGUGUGGGGAAUGUGGGAAGAGCUUCAGGGCCAACUCCACUCUGAUCCGACACCAGCAUAUCCACACUGGGGAACGGCCCUACCCAUGUGGGAAAUGUGGGAAGAGCUUCAGGGACAGCUCUGAUCUCCUCACCCACCAGCGCAUCCACACUGGUGAAUGGCCAUAUACGUGUCGGGAUUGUGGGAAGAGCUUCAGGACGAACUCCCACCUGAUCCAACACCAGCAUAUCCACACUGGGGAACGGCCCUACACGUGUUGGGAAUGUGGGCAGAACUUCAGGCAGAGCUCCCACCUCCACACCCACCAACACAUCCACACUGGGGAACGUCCCUACACGUGUGGGGAGUGUGGGAAGAGGUUUCGGACCAGCUCACAUCUCCUCCUGCACCAGCGGACGCACACGGAUGAGAGGCCCUUCCGCUGCACCGACUGCGGGAAGGGCUUCAAGCAGAACUCCACCCUCGUCACCCACCAGCGCAUCCACACUGGGGAGAGGCCCUAUAAGUGUGGGGAGUGUGGAAAGAGCUUCACCGACAGGUCUAGCUUGACCUACCACGUACGGACCCACCACUAA